UCUCUCUCUCUCCCCCCCUUUUUUUUCUCUCUCUAGGCAUAUCCCUUAUAUACAAUAGAGACACCGCACAAACGGUUGUAGAAGACGACACCAAGAAAACCCAACUUCAACCAAUUUUGAUAGCAAUUCGUUUGUAUGAUCACAUCAUACAUCUAUUAUCAAAAACCACCACAACAAACUCUCUUCCAAUCCAGAACUCCAAAACUCCAAAACCCAAAAGCAAAGUUGAAGCCUUGAUUAGAUUAUAUGGGGUACCUUUCUUGCAAAGCUGAAUCAGCCAUCUCCGUCUCCAAUUCCCAAACCUCAUCAUCCAAAACCACCACCACCAACCCAGAAAAACCCAUCAAGAUCCAACACUUUGACUACAGUGAUAUUGAGGCUGCCACCAAUGGCUUCUCCGACCAAAAGCUUUUAGGCAAAGGCAGCCAUGGCUAUGUCUACAAAGCUGUACUCCGUGGCCGUCUUGUUGCUGUUAAGAGACCCUCCAGAGCUCACAGCCAAACUCUCCGACCCACCUCAUGUUCUGCGCCAGAGACCACCAACGAGGUCGACAACGAGAUCGAGAUCUUGUCCAAGAUUCAGAGCCCAAGGCUGGUCAAUCUUUUGGGCUUUUCAAAUGAUUCAAAGGACAGGCUUUUGGUGGUGGAGUUCAUGAGCAACGGUACGCUCUAUGAUGUUUUGCAUUCUAGUGCUAGGCCUCCCAAUUGGGGUCGUAGAAUUAGAUUAGCUUUGCAAACUGCUAAGGCCAUUGACACUUUGCAUUCAUCAAACCCGCCUGUAAUUCAUAGAGAUAUUAAGUCUGCUAAUGUUUUAAUUGAUCGUAGUUACAAUGCCCGGCUGGGUGAUUUUGGGCUGGCUCUAAGGUACUGCCAUUUUGAUGACUAUAGACUCCGGUCAACCCCGCCGGCGGGGACUAUUGGGUACUUGGACCCUUGCUAUGUGACCCCUGACAAUUUGAGUACUAAAACUGAUGUUUUUAGCUUUGGGAUUUUGUUGUUGGAGAUUCUAAGUGGUAGGAAAGCCAUUGAUGUUGCAUAUUCUCCACCUUGUAUUGUCGAUUGGGCGAUUCCACUUAUAAAGAGAGGGAAGCUGAUAACUGUUUAUGAUCCAAGAAUUGAACCUCCUAAAGACCCUAUUGUGAGGAAGCAGUUGGCUGUCAUUGCAGCCAAGUGUGUGAGGUCUUGUAGGGAGCGUAGGCCGUCAAUGAAAGAGGUGGUGGUUUGGCUUACUGGGUUGAGUAAGUUGGUCCCCCUGCACUCAUGGAAUGGUUUUAAUAAUCCAUGUACAAUGGUAGAGACUAUGGGACAACCGGUUGAAUCAAGGAAUGCCCAUUUGCGUUCAAAGCUAGAGGGUGUUGGUGAAGAGAAUUUGGAAGCCUUGGAUGCUAAGUUGACUAGGCAAGCCCUGAGGAAUUCCCGCAGAGUUUACUCUGAUUUGGGGUUUAGUAGCAACCUGAUGGAGCUUAUGGCAGGUACUGAUGGAGAGUCUGAAUUUCGGGGUAAUGCAGAUGGAGAUGAGCCCAAUUUAAAAUCACGGAAUCGGGUUUCUAGAUUUGGUAGUGAAAGAUAUGUUGGUAGAAGGAGUGCUCAAUCAACUCCUGGUCAUGGGAAAGAAGUCCCUGAUUUGAUCCGAAAUCCUUCAUUUGGGAAAAGAUCAUUUAUAUGUUCAAGGAGAGAUGAUGCAAUGCCUCAUGUGAGUGGUAGUUCCCAUCCAGCUGGUGGUAUACUGCUGGCUGCAUAAAUAUUAUUUGAAGUGAAUAGAAUGGAUUGGUGGCCAUGUAAGCUCUCUUGCUUGCAAAUUUUACAUUGAUGUAGAUUUGUUGGUAUCUCAUUUAUUCUGGGUUUUAUUGCCUGACCUCAUGUGUAUUCAUUAAUUUGCUCAUGAGCUGUUAAUUACAUGACAGUAAAGGGCACAUUUCUGAUGUUCCAAUUUUAAGUUGUUGAUCUUUUUUGUUUUUCAUCUUUUUAAGUUGUUUAAUGAUGAUCUAUGAUACGAAUGCCUCUUACUAAGUACUUAAUGAUGAUUGCAUUCCCACCA